AGGAAUCAAAGAAUCUCAGAGAAUUUAUUUGCAUUGAGUUCCUUCUGUGGAGCCUGAAUAGUUUGUAAUCUGACACCAGAGUAAAUACUCUAGUCUGUGAAGUAAUCUGAUUACUGUGAGAUGAUGCACUUCAGAGUCCUUUAAGUGAUUCUGCUGUAGUGCUCCGUCCAUCCAUUUCUCCUCCUGUUUCCUCUAACCUCCAGUUUUCCCGCCUCCUCUCCUUCCUCUUCACUUUGUGCUCACUUUCUGUCUCUUUUCUGUUUGUGUGUUUCCUGACAGGACGGCCAUACAUGGACAUGCAGUCACCGCCUGAAGCCUCUCCACAAACGCCACUGAUGCCCCGCCGGCUCCCAUGAAGGAGGCAGUAAAACACAGAGACAGAUAAAGGGAAAAUUAGAGAGGGCAAAACAGCAAGCAACGGCAGAAAGAGAGGAACCUGCAGAUCCAUAAUCUCCACAGCAGAGAAACACUUAGAGGGCGGCAGGCGAUUCUGUCUAUCUUGCAACUUCAGGGACCAUCAUCACAAUUUAAUAAAAAUUUGAAAGGCUGCGGCGCUGCAACAAAUCUGUCUUCAGUGGGUGAGAGAGCUCGACUCAGACAGGAGGGAGGCCAGACACAAAUAUUUUAACGCUUUCCUUGCAGGAUUCUGUAGGAAUUCCCUGCAGCAAUAAAUCUGUCACGGUAAUAUCCUGGAAGCCCUUUAUUACUGUUUUACACGUGUUCCACUGCUCCGAGGCUGCUGGGAUUUAAAGUUCUGUUGUUCUGUCAGGAGAUUUCGUGUCCUGAAGUGGAACGUCCUGCCGUUUAGGAGAAUCGACCAACAGCUGGACAGAAAACGGAAUUUUUCCAGCCGGUUCUCAACAUUCAGAAGGUUUUUGGAACUUUUAUUGCGUAAAGAACCGGGAUCUUCAGAAUAAAAGACGGGCGUCUCCGUCCGAUGCCUUCCUGUUCCUCCCCGGAGGUUUUUUCAUGGCUUGACACCUGACUGCCCUCCUCCCUCCUCCCCCAUCCUCCCCCGCCAACAUGUCCGCCGCCCUCACCUCCCAGCCGGGCCUUUAACCGAGACGCUCACCUGCAACCCGUCACCUCCACCUUCCCCUCCGCCCACCGAGGACGCCGCUGUCAGACUCGCUGCAGGCUUUGAUGCAAGAUGGCGGCCGGCGUGGCGACGUGGCUGCCGUUUGCGCGGGCGGCAGCGGUGGGAUGGCUGCCGCUGGCCAAGAAGACGAUGCCCAAACCUCCAGUGGACAACUCCUCCAGAUCAGACGAGAUCCUCUACGUCAACGUCAGCGGGGUCCGCUUUCAGACGUGGAAGAACACUCUGGACCGUUACCCCGAGACGCUGCUGGGCUCUUCGGAGAAAGAGUUCUUCUACAACGAGGACACGCAGGAGUAUUUCUUUGACCGAGACCCCGAGAUGUUCCGACACAUUCUGAAUUUUUACCGCACCGGGAAGCUCCACUAUCCACGAAACGAGUGUAUCCAAGCCUUCGAUGAGGAGCUGGCCUUCUACGGUAUCGUGCCCGAGAUCAUCGGAGACUGCUGCAUGGAGGAAUACCGGGACAGGAAAAAGGAGAACCAGGAGCGCCUGGCCGAGGACACAGAGGCCAAUGAGGCGUCGGACGCCCCCCUGCCGCCCCACAGCACCUCCAGGGAGCGUCUGUGGCGAGCCUUCGAGAACCCCCACACCUCCACCAUGGCGCUGGUCUUCUACUACGUCACCGGCUUCUUCAUCGCCGUGUCCGUCAUCGCCAACGUGGUGGAGACGGUUCCCUGCCGGCCUCCCAAGGGCAGCGUGAAGGACCUGCCGUGUGGAGAGAAGUACCAGCUGGCCUUCUUCUGCAUGGACACGGCCUGCGUGCUGAUCUUCACCUUCGAGUACCUGAUGCGUCUGUUUGCCGCGCCCAGCCGCUGCAAGUUCAUGCGCUCAGUGAUGUCGGUGAUCGACGUGGUGGCCAUCAUGCCCUACUACAUCGGACUGGUGAUGCCUGAGAACGAGGACGUGAGCGGCGCCUUCGUCACGCUGCGAGUGUUCCGCGUCUUCCGGAUCUUCAAGUUCUCGCGCCACUCGCAGGGCUUGCGGAUUUUAGGCUACACGCUGAAGAGCUGCGCCUCGGAGCUGGGCUUCCUGCUCUUCUCCCUCACCAUGGCCAUCAUCAUCUUCGCCACCGUCAUGUUCUACGCCGAGAAAGGCACCAAGGGCUCCACCUUCACCUCCAUCCCCGCCUCCUUCUGGUACACCAUCGUCACCAUGACGACGCUGGGAUACGGUGACAUGGUUCCAAACACCAUCGCUGGGAAGAUCUUUGGGUCGAUCUGUUCUCUGAGCGGCGUUCUGGUCAUCGCCCUGCCGGUUCCCGUCAUCGUGUCUAACUUCAGCCGGAUCUACCACCAGAACCAGAGGGCCGACAAGAUGAGAGCCCAGCAGAAAGUGCGUUUGGCUCGGAUCCGCAUGGCAAAGAAAGGAACAACCAACGCCUUCCUCCAGUACAAAGAAGACAGAGCCAUCGGGGACCGGGACAGUGACAGCACAGCUCUGUGUGUGAAGAACCGAUCGGCCUUCGAACACCAACAUCACCACCUGCUGCACUGUCUGGAGAAAACCACGAACCACGAGUUCACCGAUGAGAUGACCUACAGCGAGCUGUGCAUGACCGAGUCGGUGGGCUUCAGGACCAGUCGCAGCACCUCCCUGUCCAGCCAGCAGGGGGCGCAGAAUAACUCCACCGGCUGCUGCCCCCGCCGGGCCCGAAGAAGAGCCGCUAUGAGGCUAGCUAACUCCACGGUGUCCGUCAGCCGAGGCAGUGUCCAGGAGCUGGACAUGCUGCACGUCAAGACCACCUCCAUACCGCCGCAAACUCGCUCCAGUCUGAACGCCCAGUCUGAUGACCUGAAGCUGAACUGUGGAGAACAAGACUUCACCGCCGCCAUCAUCAGCAUCCCCACGCCGCCUGCCAACACGCCGGACGAGAGCCUCCCGCCGUCGCCAGCCCCCAUCCCCGGUAUCCUGCGCAACACCCGGGCCACAGCCUACACCCACGACACCGUCAAGAUCUCCUCCUUAUAACCUUCACCCGCCGACCGUCCUGUCCUCACCCGUCCCUCGGCCCCAACAGCCACUUCCACCUGAUCUACUUUGAGCCUCUGAUCCUGGUCCAGGGCGCCGCCGGCUCGGAUUCUGAAACACCGUGGAUUGUUUUCUGUGGAUUACAUGGAACCAGCGGACCAGUUAGAAGACAAAAUGUACAGCAACAUAAACAUGGCUGCCACCCGGAGCUCUGAGGGCAAGCUAGCGCUAAAGGCUCAAAGAUGAAGUUUUCCUCCUCAAACUUUCCCUUCAUGCAUUUCAGCCUCACCACACACCUACCCCAUCUGCCCCCGCACAAUCUGACCUGUUGGAUCUCUUUGCACAAAACCCCUCGAAGGUUCAUUGAGGGGCGUCAAUGGAAUAGACUCUUAAAGGCGCCGACACCUUCUGAAGGUUUGGAUUUGUUGGCGCCACCUUCAGACUUCAUGCUUUAUAGGAGGACAGUGGUCGUAUUUUUGAUCUCAGCCUGGUUUGAUUAGACGAAUGGACGGUUAGUUUGGAAAAGACGGUUUGUAGGAAACCGAACAACCUUCUUUGGAUGUUGGAGAGAAACUAAUGAUGAGUGUGGAUUGGUGUUUUAGCAUUACUCAGAUCUUUUAUUUGGACUGACUUGUUUUUCUUUCCGAUGACGGACUCCAUCUUCAGGGAAGCAACAGCUGAGAACUUUGUUGGUUUAAACCCAGACAAGGACAAAAUGUGAAUCUUGGGUCUGAUGGAGUUUGGGAAUACGUGUGGACGAUCUGGGGAAGCACUUCAGGUUACAAAUUUCAACCAGAAUGAGGAAAUCAUGAGCGAGAACUCUUAAGGUUUUAUCAGAAUCCAGCUGGAUGAGUUGAAGAACGACACAGAAACACACAAACUGAACUGAUCUUUGUGAUUUCAAGGAGCUGAACUGGACUAAAGCUGAGCUUUUCUACUUUUGUUUAGCUCAGUUUGGACUUCUGGACUGGAUUACGAGGUUGAUGAGAACUGGUCUGAUGUAGCUCCAAAGUGUUCGUCACUGACGCCCAGACCGGGAUCGAGAGAAGGCCUUUUACUUUUCAAAAUAUGCAACAUUACAAAAAGCAGGAAAAUAGCAUCAACAAAUGAAGCGAAUAAUAUUAGUAACAGUAAUAAUGUGUGUUUAAGAACUACAGUAAUUAUCGCAGCAGGGAACAAAAUGUAAAGCAACUAAGAAAUUCACUCGUUAUGUGAGAAAACAUAACGAGUUUCUGCAAUAGAUUUAACAGGGAAAGGAAACGCCGAUCGCUCGCCGGCCUCCAGGUCCGAUCCAAUGACGCGCACUUCAGAAAAAUGAUCCUCAUCGGUGGAAAAAGUCGCCGCGCUGGAUUUAACUCCACUUUUAUGAACUUUAAUGUCUGAGCUCCACCAGCUCGGAGAGUUUUCCAACAUCUGCUCACCUGCAAAUCACCAACACCAAACUGAAACCUUCAGAUAUUAUUUAUUCCCGUAUUUAUUUCCCUCUGAGGGUGAUUUUCUGGUUGGGGCAGCUGAUCACAGCAGCUGGGGGAAGGUUUGGUGAUUUGCUGGUGGAAACAUCUGAAACACAGUCGAGAAAAGUCUUUAAAAGAUUUCAUUUUCCUCCCAAAAUGCCUUUAACCCUUGAAGUGGGUCAGGUUAAAGAGCUCGAGGUAAACGAGUGUAAAACAUCACAUAUUAGGACAAAACAUGUCCAAACUGACAAACUCUGGUCAAAAUGACUAGAAAGUCGUCCAAAAUCACCCCAAACCUUCUGAAAUGAUGAAAAUAAGAGUAAGGGUUUAAAAAAUGAGCAAGAAGUUGUAAAAAAAUACUUGAAACUCUUUCAAAAUUGCUGAACACUUUUCCAGAACAUCUGGAACCUUGUUUACAAUGAGGUGAAAUUUGUCCAAAGUGCCUCGAAAAUUUGUCUAAAAUGACUGGAAACUAAAAAGCAGUUAAUGAACUGACUUUGUCGGAAAUGACUGGAACCUGGUCCAGAAUGAGCUGAACUUGAUCUAAAAUCACUCAAAAGGUGUUCAGAGUUUCUUAAACUUUGACUCAAAGUGUUUUAAAUUCGUCCCUAAUGAUUUGAAAACAUCUAAAAUGCCUCAGUAACCAUCCUAAAUGUCGCCUCCUCGUGUUGAAUCUUUUCCGAUGCUGCACGCCGUCGGCCAUGUUUGACCUCAGCCGCGAAAAGUCGAAGCGUUUCCUCGACCUGCUCAGAAACGACGCGAGACAACGACGUACAUACUGUAACAUAUUUUGUAUCAUAAACUUUCACCUGCAUCUUCCAAUCAAACCCUCGAACCAAAAAAACAAAACAAACAAAAAAAAGACAAAAGAUCGAUGGAAGUCGUCGGCAGGCGUCCGUCCGUGCAUGAGCCUCGUACAGUAGAAGUAGCACUACUGAUCAUAGGAUUAUCAACCAUAUCAGAAAAAACACGACACGUGGGGAAGACGUCAUCCGGUGUUUGCAUGAAGACUCUUAGUUUCCCCGUUGGUUUGUUUUCUUCAUCCUCCACCCAAACCUUUUCCAGACGAGUGUUCGCACCACCGAGCAGAUUAUCCGAAACGUUCAGGCAUGUUCCCGCCAGAAUGCAGAGUGUGUGCGCCGCCGGCUGUUUGUUUGUAUGAAGGUGUUUGUAUGAUGAGCAGUCACAAAUAUGCAUGGAUACCGUUAUAGGUAUUUUAUCUGUUUUCUCCUGCAGUUCGAAGACGGAGAGUCGAGACUGAACGAAGCGAGAGUUGUUUGCUUGGUGUUACUGCUUCCACUGUGUCGCCUCCAUCUUUAUCGUCCAGCAACAGAAAAAAGUCCUGGAUCUGCUGAAAGUAACCAGAAAAACAAGCAGUUUGAGUCCACGUUGUUUGCAGUGUUUUUACUGAUUAAAUCAACACUCCGAGUUUAUAAAUGUCAUUUAAUGUCGUCAUGAAGCUGCCAAAACGUAUAAAACAGCAGCAAUUGUUACCAUCCAAAUUCACAUAUUUCUUCCUUCUAAGUUGUGAAUAAUUCUCUUUAUAAAUGUUGUAAACUGACUGUAGUUACGACCUCCAGCCACCAGGCGGAGACAGAUAAAUGGUAAAAAUAUUGAGAAAGUCCAAAUGUCAGUACUAUAAGUUUAUUAAUGAUGAUAAUUUAACUCUAAACAAAAAAUAAAUAAUCAGACCUUUAGUUCACGUUGUUGCGUUCAGGAAAUCUCUUUGAAACUGGUAAAAAAAUAGUUUAAAUUAAUUAAUGUCCCUUUUCGUCUUCUAUACAUACGGAAGCCAACAACAGCCCAGCAACUAUUCUUUUUGAAAUUUUCCUCUCACUGAUUUGUUUUGUAAAAUCCAUCCUUCUGUUGUUCUUGUUGUAUCGAACCAUAACUCAAGAUAAAUAAAUAAUAAAACAGCAAACAUGGCCGCUCUUGGCUCCCUUACCUACAGAAGAAUAGAAAAUAACUCAAAAAAACUAAAUAUCUGCACUCAUGGUUGGUUUUGGCUUCCAUAAUAACUAGAGUAACUUUUUAACUCCAUUUUCUUGUGAUAAAUUAUUUUGUUAUCUCAAGUAGUCAGACUUUUGUUUUCCAGACAUAGAAACCGUAACGUUAAACUCACAGUCGCACUAAUUGUCUUCCGUACAAAUACGAAUGUUUUGGUCGUCACUGUUUCAACAACGUUUAUUUCUUGAGAAAACUGACUUUUGUUUACUCGAGGUAAAGAAAUAAUUUGUGAUUUUAAAAAGAACGCGUUCUUGGCUUCCAUACAAAUAAUAAAGAUUUGCUGAGCUCACAGCUUUCUCAUAAUAAAGGAUUUAGCUGUGGAGACAUCAGGGUUGUUUUCUGUAAGUUGUAAUGUCGGUUAAUUUGUGCAGAUAACUAAGUGUAAAGUUACUCAUUUCAGUGCAUUUAUAUUUCUGACUUUUCGUCUUCAUCUGAGGAACGAAUCAAAGUGACGUUAAACAUAUUAACGUUCAUGCCGGGGCUGAUGGGUAAACCGGCUCUGGAAUAAGUUCCACGACUGCCCAGAAUUUUAGCAUUUUGAAGUGAUGACGUCAUAUUUUUACCGACACUGAAGCUGUUAAUGAAUCAUGUGAAAUGAAUUCAGCAGCACACAUGAUGGAGGUCUAAGAACUGGGUCAUAACAACGUGUUAAAAUUAGAAAAUUAUUUUCAGUUUUAGCCAGAUGCUGUACGUCAGUUUCACUUUCAGUGGGAGAUUUAGAGGUCAGACUCUUCAGUUUGAAGCACUGACUGCUUUUAUUUACAUACAAAAUCCAGUAAAUCAUGUAACAUAAAAAAGAAACUAAAUUAUUUUUUCAUUUAGCCGGUCGCCACAGGCUGCACAGGAUUUCUUCUUUUCAUAUGUCUUCAUCUUUUCAUUCAGGAAGUCUUCUUGAGACACCUUUAGGCUGAUUUAGCUCUCAGUGUUUUUAGUUAAAGGCAGCUCAAGGUGCUGAGUUUUCUCUCUAACAGCCGGUUUUACACAUCAGCCUUACAUCUAAAGGUCACGUUUUCACAUCUGGUCAGACUAAACGUGACAAACAAACAGAGGACAGUGAAUAAAGGAUGGAGAUGGAGGCAACACUUCAGUCUCAGAGGGACGAAUGAAUGAAUGAAUGAAUGAUGGAGAAAACAGCAUUAAAGCACAGAGGUGUAUAUUCCAUUCCACUAAUAAAGACAACAGAAACCAGAA